AUGCUCUAGGAAAUCUAAACAGGAGAACCAAAGGAUGUAACAAAGCAGAUCUAGACUUGAGUAGAGAAGUCCUUAGAGAUAGCUUGCAGAUGUAAAGGUGUGCUGAUGGUUAUCAUAGAGGUGGAGUCUCAUGACUUGCUAUCUAUCACAAGCAAAAGGGGGCAAUCUAAGCGUGGUUACUUAAAGAAAGCAGAAGAGAGGUCAAGAUGCCCAAUCUCACCUGACUCUCUCUCUCUCUCCCCCCCUUUCUCUCCUCCCCCUACUGGUUAUGUAGGUACAAUUGUGCUACUUUUGUUCAACAGCCCUUCUGGGUAUGAGGACUUUGUUGAAGAUCUCAGAUUCUGACCAAGCCUGUUCAAGGGAUGGCAGGGUUACAAAUAAUGUUGGCCCCCAGUGGUCUCAGAACUUUGUCGGUCAACCCCAGCACCUGGAAUUUGAAACACAUUAGAAGCCCAAUGUUAAUGGCUAAUCCAAAGAAUCUGACAUACUGUGAUCGUUUAUGGCAGGACACAGCUUUUUUAACAAGCAACAACAGACUAAGCGAGCAGGUGGUUGACAAAAUUAUUCUUCAGCUAAACAGAGUUUACCCCCAAAUUCUCAGCAAUAAAGAAGCUGAAAAGUUUCGAAAUCCCAAAGCUUCUCUUCAUAGCCGGUUGUCAAAUCUCAUAGCCCACUUGCAGAAGAAAGGCGACAAACCGUGUCAAGAGUUUUACCGUGCUUUGCAGAUCAAUGCUGAACAGCUGUAUAACAACUUGCCAAGCAGGAGAGUCCUAAAAACCUCAGAUCCCACAGGGAUAAACCCUGAGAAGGAGAAAUAUAUGCUAAAUGACAGGGAUCCAACAUUCUUUCUUGCUUGCUUCAGUGUUGCUGCUGGACUUGCAUUGUUCAUGUACUGGAACCCAGAUUCAAAAGUUCUGGGAGGCGCCAAAAAGGUGCUGGGCUUUUCCCCGAUCAUCAUAGGAAGACACGUUAGAAACAUUUGUAUGUUAUACAUGGAAGACUCAACAAGGAAAUCAUAAGUGGGGGGGGGGCUCAUGGUUGGGCAUUGAAGGUCCAUGCCAUGGAAGGGCUGCAUUGCAAACCAAUGUGCUGUUCUCUUAAACCAAAGAAAUCAUUCUGCCCAAGUCACACAUGCUUACCUUGCUGUAAGUCCCAUUGGGUUUAAGUCUGAGUAGCAGUCAUGCUGUAAGUAGUGUAGGACUGUGCUGGAAGUGGCUUUAGCAGUGUAUCUUUUCUGCUUUAAAGGGCUUUCAAAGGCCAACUGUAUGUGCCUUUAACUUGGGAGAGUGGAUCCGUUUAUUUUUAUACAAACUUAUUUUAAACUAUUUAUCACUUGAAUAGCAUAUACUUUUUAAUGCAAGCAUUUUAACAUGCCAUGUUGCAAAGUCUUAACCAUCUGAUCAGAUGUAUUAGUACUUGAUUUAGGUGCGGAGGGACAUACAAGAGUGGUUUCUGGUCCUGAAUGGACUGUGUGGUCACUCAGAUUUGUGCCUAUGUUUGGGUCCCUGAUGCCUCUCUCCAAGGAACUGGAUGCAGCUGUUUUUAUCCAAACAACCUGUGAGUGCUUCUGAAUUUCCCUCCUUUGUGGAGAACAAACAGGACUCCACUUAAUGCAAGUGUAUCCUGUAGCUCUUGAAUUGAUGCUUUUGAAUUGUGGUGCUGGAGGAGACUCUUGAGAGUCCCCUGGACUGCAAGGAGAAC